AUGAAAGAAACAAAAGUUAACAAAAAAAAGCUGCUAGAAACUGAUUGUUUAGAAAAUCAGUCAUCAGAAUUACCUUGUUUUCUUUAUACAAGACAAUUCACGUUCAUGGUCGUUUAUUUCUAUAUUAGACAACUGAAAUUUAUCACUCAUCGUUCUAAUUUCGGUAAAAGAAAAUUCAACAGGUAA